AUGAAAGGGGGUCGCCCUGAGCAGCUCUCUGCCUUCGCAGACUUUGCGUCAAAGGAUAGCUCCGCUGACAUAGAGAUCCUGACCGCUGAUUUCAACGAAGAUUUUGCGGCACAGGGAGGAAGUGAAGGCAUCAUUCGGUGUCCAUUUGCGCAAGAAGCAGGGCGCUAUAUGACGAUCCCGCGUGCGCCGGACCUGCCUCAAGUUUCGCGCCCUCCAAACAAGCAGGAGGAGGGCCAAGCUUCGGGCAAAGGAAAGAUUGAUUACAUCUGGGUUCGAGAACGGACCAAGGAGUUUCAGACGAACCUUGUCUGUGAUCCUGUUUCGAGAAGCGCCAUCCUGGAGAGCCACCGUAACUGUGAGGCCACAGGAGACUGGCCAAGCGACCACGGAUGUGAGGCCUGCAGUCUUCAAAUUCAGCGUCGGCAAAAGCCAUGGUGGAAAUUCUGGAGUUCCAGUCUCUGA